GUUUGGCUUGUUUUUGGAUUUUUGUUUAAAUGGCUUCGAGCGAGGGGUUUCUGACGGACGGGCAGAGGGAAAUGCUAAAAAUUGCGAGCCAAAAUGCGGAGAAUCUGUCUUCGUCUCCAAAAUCCCCGUCGUCCUUGAUUUCCGACCAUCAUGUGAAAGCCCCAGCUGGUGGUAAGGCACAAACCUCUGGGAUAGCUGUGAGGCAUGUGCGUCGGUCACACUCAGGGAAGUAUGGGCGGGUGAAGAAAGAUGGUGCCGGUGGUAAGGGCACUUGGGGGAAAUUGCUUGAUACUGAUGUUGUUUCUCACAUAGAUCGGAAUGAUCCAAAUUAUGACAGCGGCGAGGAACCCUAUCAACUAGUUGGAUCUACUGUUACUGACCCCUUGGAUGAAUUCAAGAAAGCAGUGGUAUCCAUCAUAGAGGAAUAUUUCAGUAAUGGGGAUGUGGAAUUGGCAGCAUCCGACCUCAGAGAACUUGGCUCAAGUGAAUAUUAUCCAUACUUCAUUAAACGCCUUGUGUCCUUGGCAAUGGACAGACACGAUAAGGAGAAAGAAAUGGCUUCUGUUCUACUUUCUGCAUUGUAUGCUGACGUCAUCAGCCCUGCACAGAUCAGGGAUGGGUUUUUUAUUCUUCUUGAAUCUGCUGAUGAUCUUGCUGUGGAUAUACUGGAUGCAGUUGAUAUCCUUGCAUUAUUCUUGGCACGGGCUGUUGUUGAUGACAUUCUUCCUCCAGCCUUUCUUGCCAGGGCAAUGAAGGCUCUUCCAGAGUCUUCCAAGGGAGUUCAGGUAAUCCAGACAGCUGAAAAGAGUUAUCUCUCAGCUCCACACCAUGCAGAGCUUGUGGAAAGGCGAUGGGGUGGUAGCACUCAUAUAACUGUUGAAGAAGUGAAGAAGAAGAUAACUGAUUUACUUAGAGAAUAUGUGGAUAGUGGUGACACAUUGGAAGCCUGUAGGUGUAUACGUGAGUUGGGGGUUUCAUUCUUCCAUCAUGAGGUUGUUAAGAGGGCUUUGGUACUUGCCAUGGAGAUUCGUUCAGCAGAACCUCUAAUGUUAAAAUUAUUAAAAGAAGCAGCAGAAGAAGGACUUGUUAGUUCCAGCCAAAUGGUGAAGGGUUUUUCUCGUUUAGCAGAAUCCCUAGAUGAUCUUGCUCUUGAUAUUCCAUCAGCUAAGGCACUGUUUCAGUCAUUUGUCCCCAAGGCAAUAUCUGAAGGAUGGCUUGAUGCUUCACUUACCAAACCUGCAACUGAAGAUGGUGAAAUACAAGUUGAAGACGAGGAGGUGAGGAAGUACAAAAAGGAAUGUGUAACUAUGAUUCAUGAGUAUUUUCUUUCUGAUGACAUCCCUGAACUGAUUCGAAGUCUUGAAGAUCUUGGAGCCCCUGAAUAUAACCCAAUAUUUUUGAAGAAGUUAAUUACUCUGGCUAUGGACCGAAAGAACAGAGAAAAGGAAAUGGCAUCGGUACUUCUAUCCGCACUUCACAUAGAGAUAUUCUCAACUGAGGAUAUAGUUAAUGGUUUUGUCAUGCUUCUGGAAACUGCGGAAGAUACAGCACUGGAUAUACUGGACGCUUCAAAUGAGCUUGCUCUGUUUUUAGCUCGGGCUGUUAUUGACGAUGUAUUGGCCCCGCUGAAUUUGGAAGAAAUUGGCAGCAGGUUGCCACCAAAAUGCAGCGGUAGUGAAACUGUGCGUAUGGCUCGGUCACUCAUAGCUGCUCGUCAUGCUGGAGAGAGGCUGUUGAGAUGCUGGGGUGGAGGCACGGGAUGGGCUGUGGAGGAUGCGAAGGACAAGAUCAUGAAGCUCUUGGAAGAGUACGAAAGUGGAGGGGUUGUCAGUGAAGCUUGCCAAUGUAUCCGUGACCUGGGAAUGCCUUUCUUUAACCACGAGGUAGUGAAGAAAGCAUUGAUUAUGGCCAUGGAGAAAAAGAAUGAUCGAAUGCUAGAUCUGCUGCAGGAGUGCUAUAGUGAGGGCCUGAUCACCAUUAAUCAGAUGACUAAAGGUUUCACCCGAAUAAAGGAUGGUCUUGAUGAUCUGGCUCUGGACAUUCCAAACGCAAAGGAGAAAUUUGGCUUCUACGUGGAGCAUGCUCAGUCGAAGGGCUGGCUUCUACCAUCAUUUGACUCGCCUACUACAGAUGCCUAAAUUAAUCAUCCCGGGCACCAGCUUUUGAGACGUUUGUGUCUUGUUGUUUCUCUCAUGUAUGUUGUCCUUUAGCUCCCCACUGAGUAGUGAGUUUGGGUGAUGGAUAAAUUUGGGACACUUGGACUUCUUCUGGUAAUCCUUUUUUAAUGUUCUUUUCACUUACUCUUUUUACCCCCCGAAUCAUCUCACCGACAGAGUUACUUAUUAUCUCAGCCAUUGUAUAAAGUUGGUCUUAUUCCAUUAACAGCUCCUUAGGAUGAUGAUGAUGAUGAUGAUGAUGCAUCAAGAGGUAAUUUAGAAGGGCAUAUAUUGUAUUUUUCA